GGCGGAUCUCCCGAGGUUUUGUUUCCAGUUUCGGUCGAGAUUAGGAACCCUAAAUUCCAUUCGACGCGACGACGUGGAUAGGCAGCUUCUCGGGAGUUCAGCCGCGCCAUUCGCGAAUUUUCCUCGUCCCGCUAGUGGCUUCUCGUGAGUAGAACGAGUCGUUAUCCUUAGUGCGCUGCCCUUCCAGCAUGUCGCAUGCCACUCGUCGUCCGCCGCUCCCCUUCCGGCGGAUUCACUGCGGCGCAACGUCUUGUGCACGCCCACACGACACUAGCGCGGAUCCCAUGCCAUGUGUCCCCUAUGGCGCACGCGACGCCGUCGUGGCUGCUGUGCCCGCUUUCUCUCCACAAGCUGGAAAAGCAAAGUUCGCGCCACCCCCAGAACAUGAUGCGUGGGGCGGGGAUCUACACCGCCGGUUGUGUGAGAGCCACACCCUCAUGGGCUCCUGGCUUCAGCAGGGCCUGGCACCGCGUGAAUGCGUCGCUGCGAUUGGCGACAACAGCCUUAGAAUUUGAUGGGGUGCGGCCACGUGGACGAGGGGAAAUACCCAUUCAACCGUGCCCGCUAUGUGCGUUGCUUUCGCCGGAGCCUUUCGUUUUAUCACGCACUACGAAAAAGCCGUGACGAAGGCGUGCACGACGAGCAUACAGCCUGUCGCACAGACUCUUGAUGCUGAGCAUUGACCGGCUCUCAUCUCACUUGGGACAUGGCACGCACGGGUCUUCUCAGCCUAUCACCGUCGCUCCCCCUCUCCUACGGCACACAGCUCCCGAUAUCAUGGCAAGGCACUGGAAUGCGCGAGUCUUGUGCAGCGGGAGAUGCACGGUCGUCCUUGCGCGCGGCAGAUUAUGGCGAGACAAGCCUGCCGGUUCCGCAGAGCAUUCACCUGCCCCCCUCCUGCGAAUGAUGCUUCUCAUCAUGCCGAAGCUCGUCAGUGCUUUUAUUCGCCCAGUCAUUCAGGACCUCGAAGCACGAGCUUAAGUUUUGGGCACAGGGAGUAACAGCGGCAUCUAGACGUCGGCGCUCAGCCUCCCAGUGAGUCAGUGACCGUCCCAGGGCGCCGUUAUUGUCUGAGUUUCUGGCCCCCCUCCUCGUCGUCCUGUCAACACCUUCCCUUGCCUCUCUCACUGACGCUAUGGAGCAAGGCAGCUGCAGCAGCAACACGGGUGCAGGCUUUGAGGCGUGCGGUCUGGAGAGGUGCGUGUUUCUGGCGGUGGAUGGCAGGGAGGACGGCGCAGAGGCGGAGGAGGAGGGGGCGUUGGGGGGAAAGGUGGAGGCGGGGCAGGGGCGGAGGAACACAGUGGAGGUGGUGGCAGCUCUCGCACUCGCCUCAACCCUGUGCUGCGACACGGGUCGUGUGCCCACAGAGUGGCAGCGGAAGCUGCAGCACUUGCUGCCACAUCGCCCCCGGAGAGUUCUCAUGCUGGUGCCAACAGCGGCCCAGCAGCAGGCAGCGGAGAAGGCGUGGAAGAGGGCACAAAAGCAGCAGGAAAUGCAGCCGGGAACUCAGCAGGCAGCACAGCAGGGAACACAGCAGGGAGGGCAGCAAGAGCACGAUGCAGCAAUGGCUGUGGUGGGCGUGCAGUUUAUGGUGGCAGGGCAUCCCGUUCCUUGCUGUGAAUCUGCUCAGUCCGACCUCGUAAUGCUCUCGGCUGUCUGUGCUCCACCCUCUGCGCUGCCCCCCAUACACGCGGUUCAAUCCCUCUGGCCUCCCUCCAGGAUCCGCGCUGCUCUCUCAACCCCUGCACGGCUCCUUCUCAUCUUGGCCCACGAGUCCACUCUCUCAUCCGGUAGUGACACGUGGCGCCACGUCAUUGGCCAUACCAAGGCCCAUGGCAGGUUUUUCGACGCAGAGCAAGUUGAUGGGGCGGUGAGGAUGGUGGUGCGAGCGAGGCGGGCUGCAGUGGAGGAGAUGGGGCAGAUGCUGCAGGAUGCCAGAGGAGUGGCUUCUGGAACGGGAGUGGGAAACGUCUCAGAAGGAUCCAUGCAGUGGCAUGCUCUGCUGUGGACGGGUCUGUUUUCGCCGUCAUUUGGGGAGUCUCUCCAGCGGCGCGAGUCGGUGCAGGUGCUGCUGCUGCUGCGGCGCAUACUCCAGGGCAGGCAGGGCAAGGGGGGGGAGAGGGGGCUAGACUGCUGGCUGGGGGGAGAGAGCGGGGCGACGAGCCAAGGGCGUGAUGAUGAGCUGGCAAGACAGUGGAGCGACAUUGUCCAUGUGGACAUGGUCGGCGACCUCUGUCUUAUCUGGUCAACCGAUGUGUGUCACGAGAGCCUCAAGCAGGUAGUGAGGCUGUGGGCGCUAGUGUCAGAGGACCAGCGCCUGCCAUGGCUGCGUCGCAUUCGCACCCAUCUGUCUUCCUACUCACCCGCAUACCUCCACUAUUGCGCCUUGCACCAGUACUGCGGCUCCUCACCUCGCCUGCGCGUGCCUGUAGCCGUGCAGCAGACCAGCAUCCAAUGGUGGCGCCCCUCCUCUGGAUCCCCCACCGACGCAGCAGCAGAUGCCUUGACUCCGCCCAAGUUCAUCGCCCUGCAGCCUGCCAUGGCCCUCAGCCUGCUGGCACGGGGUGCGUCUGCUCUGGGAUACGCCUUGAGCUGCGUGCCCUUUGAGGUGAACGCGGAGGAGAGGGCCGCCGUGCUCUGCCCCUCCAGCCUUGUCGUGCAUGGUCGAUCCGGUACGGGCAAGACGACAGUACUAAUGCACCGGGCGUUACGGUUUGACCGCCUCUUCCGUCUCUGCGCCAUCCCGCCUCACCUUCUUCUCGGAAUGACUGCCUCUGGAGACAGCCCUAUCACAGGGAAGAUGGCGGCGCGGGAUGCAGGCAUGGAUGCAGGCAUGGGUGAUGGCACAGGCGUCUUGCGGCAGGUGGUGAUCACGCGGAGCCUGCAGCUGUGUGCGUCCAUUCAGACAGAGCUCACGCAGGCUGCAAGAGCACUCGCAGCCUUGGAUGCCAUCCAAGCCGGCUCUCUUCUGCCGGCCGCCCAAGAGGGUCAAAGUGAGCAAGGUAUGGGAGCCGUUCCCGCAGCCGGGUUUCACAGUGGCGGUACUACCAGCAGCUCCAGCAGCAGCACCACAAGCAACGCAGCCUGCAGCAACAGAUUGCUGAUGCGGGAUGACCUGGAGAGUGCACUCAUGGGUGGUCUGCCUGCCUGCAUAGCAGCCAUUCCUCCCUCCGCCUUCCCCCUUGCCAUCACUCUUGCCAAGCUCCUGGGCAUGCUAGACGCGUCUGUCACCCACCCCUUUCUUCAGGUCACCAGGCGGAAGCGCAGGAAAGAGGAGGCACGGCAGCGCCUCGUGCUGGCGAUUGCCAUGGGUGGGAGGGGGUUGAGGGAGGCGUGGGAGGAGGACGAGGGUGGGGGGUCGUGGAGAGGCCGAGUGGAGAAGCAGAGGUGGGAGGCGAGGGGUAGAGGUGCAAGGGAGGGACGGAGGCGAGAGGCGGAGGGUUCGGGAGAAGGAGAGCUCAGCCCAUGCGAGAUAGGGGGGGAGGGCUCGGUUGAGCAGCAGGUCAAGGAUGGAAAGGGGAAAGAGGUGCAGAAGGAGGGGGAGGAAGAGAGGGAGGAGGAGGAUGUGGAGGUGGACUACGAGAGGUUCAAGCAGCAUUAUUGGCCGCAUUUGGACCAGAGAGCCACCCGGAAGGCCGUGAUGGAUGUGGCGUACGUUUACCGCGAGAUAACCUCGCACAUCAAGGGCAGCUUGCAAGCGCUGCACUCGCCCCAGGGGCACGUGGGGGAGGAGGAGUACGUGGGGGGCAUGGCGGGCAGCAACCAGCGCACGUCUGCAAUGGGGCCCGAGGACCGGCAGGUGGUGUAUGAUAUUUUCCGGGCGUAUGAGCGGAGGAAGAGGCGGCAAGGCGAGUAUGACUGUGGUGACCUGGUGGGGUACCUUCACAGGGAGGUGCAACGGAUGCGAGAAAAUGACGAGCCGUGGUGGUGUGUGGAGGAUGCGAUCGCCAGCCGUCAGUGCACCACUACGCUGUCGCAGCCAGGUUGCCGUAUGCGCACACAGCCCAUCUCCCAGUUGGCGGCUCUUGGAACGCCUGAGAGAAACAGAGGCACGCGCACGGCCUCGCCACGCAGCAGGCUGGCUUCACGCUGCCCGCCUGUGUUCCACUGUGUGUCGGUGGACGAGGUGCAGGACCUCACUCAGGCGCAGCUCGCCCUCCUCCCGCUCCUCUGCUCCAACGUUGCUUCUGGCUUUGUGUUUGCUGGAGACACGGCCCAAUCCAUUGCUCAGGGCGUAGAUUUCCGCUUCGAAGACCUCGCCAGGGUUGUUUAUAAUGAGUUUCUGCGUAAUGAGGAUGAGUGUGGCAGGGGUGGGGGAGCAAAGGGGGUGUGUAAGAAGAGCAAGGUUGGGGAAGGGGAUGGGCAGAAGGGGAGGAGGGACAAGGGUCAGACUAAGAACACCAAUCCUAGCAGCAGUGGAAGCAAUGCAUCUUCCCAGCGUCUGGUCAAAGCCCUUCCGACAUUUCAACUCUUGCGCAACUACCGCACUCAUAAUGGGGUGCUGCGACUGGCAAACAGCGUGUUGCAGCUUCUGAGAAGCUUCUUCCCCUUGUCGAUAGAUCGCCUGCAUGCAGAGCUGAGCGUGGUGGAAGGGGGGAGGCCCGUGAUGGCAUCUGUUUCUCCCUCCUGGAAGAAGGAGCUCGCACAAGGCAUGCCUCUCAGCGCUACUCAGGCCAUUAUAGUGCGCAGCACAGAAGAGAAGAAGUCUAUGGCGGCACAUUUCCCUGUGAAGCCGAUCAUCCUGACAGUCGAGGAAUCCAAGGGGCUUGAGUUCGAGGACGUGUUUCUCUUCAACUUCUUCACCUCUCCUCACUGCACCGCCCCGUGGAACCUCGUGUACACUUAUAUGCGCGAUGCUGGCCUAUCAGCUGGCACGUGCACUCGCCUGCCCUGUGGCUGCAGCAGCACAGGUUACAGCGGCUGCAGCCUCUGUACUUUGGAUGAGCUCAGGCACUGUUCACUGUGCUCGGAUCUGAAGCAGCUGUACGUGGCUGUGACGAGGGCCAAGCAGAGGCUGUGGGUGCUGGAAGAGCAGGAGGGUGGCGGCGACUACUGCACUCCCAUGGGGGAUCUGUGGACGGCGAUGGACAUUGUGGCAGUGAAGCAGGGGAGAGAGAUCAGGCCAGAAUUAGUGAAGCGGGUGUCGAAUGAAAAAGAUUGGCAGACACUCGGCUUCACUUUUUUUCCAAGGGGCGACUACGAGGCAGCUCAGGCGAGCUUUGAGCGGGCGGGGGACACCCGCAACGCGCGCUUCUCUCAAGCCAUGCUGUUCUAUGAGGCGGGCGUGGGGCGCAUGGCACCGCCAUCCGCAGCUGGGAUUGCUUUGUCAGCCUCUUCAGCCUCAUCAGCCUCGUCUGCGCUGCCGGCAGUGAUGCCAGAUCUCUCUCUGCUGAGCGCCUCUGAAUUGCUCCUGGCUGCGGCCCGUAUGUUUGAGGGCAUCGAAAGGGGCUUGGAGGCAGGUCGUGCGUAUGUGAAGGCCGGGAGCUACGAGGAGGGAGCACGUGCCUAUCUCACUCUCUGUCAACCUCCCGACCGAGUCAACGCUGCCCGGUGCUACGAGAAACUAGGAAGGUUCUCCGAAGCAUCUGAUUGCUACAGCGGUGCAGGGGACAGGCGCAGCGCCCUUGCUGCUUGCCUGCGUGGCCACAUCUUUGCCAAAGGCUUGUCGCUUCUGGACGGCUGGCAGGAAGUGGAUUCUGUGCCAGCACCUGAGAGGGUCCCUGAGACGCAACAGACACCUGACAGGGCUCCUGACAGGGUCUCUCAGCUGAGGCAGUGGUACAUCGUGGAGUGUGCGCAGAGGCUCGCAGGGGCGGGCGAGUACAGCAACAUGCUGACGUUCGUGCGCUUGCUGCCCCGAUUGGAUGACAAGCGGGAUUUUCUUGAGAGAGGGCGGCAUCUGAGGGAGUUGGCAGUGCUGGAAGGGGAGGAGGGUGAGGGCAGCCGAGUCCCGGGCCUGCUGCAGAGAGCAGGGCUGCAUCUAGAGGCGUCCAUCCACUUGUGGGAGAAAGGCUGGCCAGGCCAGGCCCUUGUGUGCUUUGUGCGGCACCUGCAAUGGCGGGUGAAUGCGGCGGGGCGAGGGGCGUGGAGGGUGGGGAUGAGAAGAGACGGAGGGGAGAGAGGGGAAGGGAAGGAGAGAGGCGUGGGGCUGAGCCGUGAGGAGGUUGAGAUGGCUCAGCAGCUGCGGUCAUUUCAGAUGGAGAAUCUGCGGUUUGCGGACAGGAUGGCAUGUGAAGGGUGUGAUUUGGCAUGGGGAAAGGUGGAGAUGAGUGUGCUACUGUUUGUGCUCGGAUUCAACUCUGAUGCUGCUGAUGCUGAUGUUGAUGCUGGCGGUUCUGAUGCUGCUGAUGCUGAUGUUGAUGCUGGCGGUUCUGAUGGUGCUGAUGCUGCUGGCAGCGGUGCUAAUGGUGAGCGAGGCUUCAGAGUGGGUUCUCCAGGUGAGUGUGUGUCAGAGGAAGCACAGGAUGAGGCCAGGUCCGCUGUGGCGUGUGGGUCUUGUGAGGAGUUGGGCAGAGCGAAGCACCUGGAUAGGGAGGCUCGUGUCUCGCAAGCAUGGAGGAUGGUGAGCAAGGGAGUCAUGCUUCCAGCAGGGUGUAUGGAGAGGGGCGGACAGAUGGCUGGCGGGACUAGUAGAGCGAGCGGGCUCAGGGGCUUGAUGGGGCAGAUUACAGGAGAGGAUGUGAAAGAGGAGGUGGAGUUAUGGGAGGGGGUUGAGGUGCUGAGGAAGCGUUCGGAGCAGGUGCAGAGAGAGUGGAGAGGUCUGGAGCAGUCAGAAGGCACAGAGCAGAGGGGACGUGUGGAGUGGUGGAAGAGAGCGGAGCAGCUGCGAGUAGAGUUUAUGCUUGCGUACACUGGGCUGCAGGUGUCUCUGCGCUUGCUGAAAUGGGGACAGCAGUGCUUCAUCCACUGGCUGGAGCACUUCAGUGCUGAGCAGCACGGCAAUCGCACAUGCAUCCCGUCUUCUCCUCAUGCGUGCAUGACUACUGCUGCUGCAGCGGAAGGUGCCACACCUACCAAGAAGGCAUCAGCACUAGCAUCGACUGCUGCAUCGGCCGAUUAUGGUACCGUUAAAGCAAAGCCAGAUGCAGCACGACUGCGACCGUGCACUCUUGCUGCUCCUCCCAUCUCCCUUCUCCACCACAAGGUCUCUCUCUGGUGGUGGCGAUGGGCUCGCAGGCUUGCCGCCCUCCUCCCCUCUCUGCACCAGCUAUGUCGCCAAUCCAUGCCAGCAGCAGACUCCCACCUUCCUCGGCUUCACACCGCCUUCUUCCUCCUCUCCGCCUCCUUCCACCGUCGCAUUCUCUCCUCCUCCUGCCAGGUUGAUGAUAUGGCGCUGGCGUGGGUGCGUGGGGGGGAACUAGAGGGGUUGUCAAGCACAGGAAGGAGUGGGGAAAUGGAGGGGAGGAAAGCAGUUGCAGCAGUGACAGGGGCGUGGGAGAGGGAGUUUGACAAGAGAUUGGUGGAAACGAAGCGAGUGGUGUGUGAUGGGAUUGAAAGCUGCUCCUUUGCGCUAAUCAGCUGUUUUCACAAGGUCUGGUGGGUUCCCAUGGUCCCAUCCCAGCAUCAUGUCUCCCCAGUUUCCGGACCAUCGCUCACUCCCCACCAGAUACCAUUCCCAUACGCCCCACUCUCCGCCCCACUCCUCUGCCUUCACCCUCUCGUCCCCCACACCGAGUACCUUCUCUCGAUGCUCCCUGCCACCAUGCUCUCCUCCUCGCGCUCUGCGUUCUUCCAACCCCACUCUCUCACCACAAUGCACAACCUCUUGAUCUCCCUCCUCCUCCACCCCCGCCCUUCCACCCACUCUCGCCUGCCCGAGGGCCUCCAUCACUCUCUCCUUCGCCUCAACUCUGCCUUUGCAGCACUGCUGCUGCGAGAAAAUCUGCCACGCGAUUCUGAGGAGGGGAGAGGGGCCGGUACAGGUGACGGAGGGAAAGGUAGAAGAAGCCUAGGCGAGAGCGGGUAUGGUGGAAGCAGUGGCGAGAUUAGUGGAGGCUUGGGACAGGUGCGUGGAGAAGGUGUGGCGUGGGACAAGAGUGGGAUAGCGGUGGUGCCUAGAGCAGUGCAAGGGAUGGUUGAUGUAGUGGCGCGUGGCCCACGCACAUGCUGGGAGGAGACUACUGGGCUUUCAGAAAAAGAGGUCUGGAGAAUCAUGCGGAUGCUGCUUCUAUCCUUAGUCAAUGCUUGUCCUGCGGCUGACGCGCUUCCAUAUCACAAGAAGUGUCAGAGUACCUCCCAGGGCAACCCUCUCAUGGCUACCUCGUUGAGCGCCUUCUUUGAUUCCCUUUCCACACGCGCAUUGCUGCACCAGCAAGCCUCUGGCGUGUGGAAUGUCCACGGGGAUGCAGGGAGGCAGGUUGCUCCUCUCACUGUUGCACCAUCUCUUCUUCUCCGUCCCCUCUUCCUCGCUCCUUCCUUCUCUGCGGUGGCCCUCAUCCUCCCCCCUGAUCCUCCAUCUUCGAUUUUCAACCUCCUGCCGCAGUUCGCUGACCUCCUUUUCCGGCUUGUCUGUCUGCUGCUGCCUGUCCUGCGUGUGGCACGGGGAAGGGAGGAUAUGGUGCCGGGGUAUGCCAGAUUCGAGCUGGUACAUGCAUCACAAGCAAUGGGCCUUGGGGUGGUUUGCUUGCCGCUAUCGCAUUUUGACCACCACUGUUGCAGAUGGUGAGGUGAUGGCGAUGCAAACAAUGGCAGAUACCAGCAGUGCUGGAAAAGGGUAUGGGAAAAGGAACAAGGCAUGGUCAUGAGUGUUUGUUGUUUGAUUAGAGCUAGAAAGCCAUUACAUAUUGCAUCCUGUUCUGAAUUCCGGUAUGCCAAACCUUUAGUAUUGGUGGAGAGCAGGCCUGUCGUUAUCAGGGUAUUUCACCCUGAUUCCUUGAUUUCAC